AUGGUUCAUAUCAUUCAAACACAGCCAGUUUUGUUUCAAUGUUCGAUUUACAAAGAUUAUAUUGUAGCAGUCUAUUAUUAUUCACUGUGGAAGACAAUAGGUGGUGCUAUAAGCCGAGCUUUAGCUAUUGGCUGGAUAAUAGAAAAAAGUCACCCGGAUGAAUUUCAAGCAAUAGAUUACGCUGUUCAACGUACAGCUCUUAUUGGUAUAAUUGGUGCUCGAUUAUCGUCAUGGAUUAUCGAAGAUAAAUGUCAAUUUUCCUUGAAAUCAAUUAUUCGACCUGGUUUUUAUUCACAAGGUGGUUUAGGUUUGGUAUUAUUGACCAUUGGCAUAGUUAAUUUUUUGUUACCUGAAUAUAAAUGGAUAAUUGGCCUAAAUUAUGGUUAUAUUGUGUUGGAUGCUUUUGCUAUCACCAUGUUAAACAAUCAAUUUAUUGGAUGCCUAGGCUGUUUUUCCUACGGGUGUUGUGUUGGUAUUGCUGCUGAUAAUACAUGUUUAAAAAGUUUAAUAACUGUAGAAUAUCAAAGUAAUUAUUUUCGAUGUGUCGAACUAGAUUCCGAGAAUAAACACAAAAAAGUAGUUGCUGCGCAAAUUUAUCAAGCUAUUUGUGGUUUAUUAGGUUUAAUCAUGUUAUUUAUAUUUUUUUAUUAUAAUGAGAUUUAUAUUGUUGGCAGUAUAUUUGGAUUCAGUUUUUUAUGGUUGCAAAUAUGUCGUUAUGCUUUAAUUGAACGAAUAAGAGCUCAUAAACAUCGUAAUACGUCACACAUCAGCCAAUUGCUUAUUCUUGUAAUGUUCUUAUCGGUUACGUAUUUAUUUAUAUCUAAAAGUGAACUUUGUAUAUUUUCUACAAAAUCAUACAUAUCUUGGAUAUAUAAUAGUUUUACCUUGUUUUAUCCCGUUAGCUUACUUUAUAUCUGGUUUGGUACUCGAAUUUUUCAUGCUAAAAAACAAUAG